AAACCCUGAGGGGAAGAGGGUUGAAAUGAGUUGGAGGGAACUUAUGGAGGAGCUACUUGGAAGCAGAAUCCAUAGCUGGCUGACAAUUUGCCUCGGCAAAGAAUGGCUGAAGCUGGGAAGAAAGAGGCGCGCGCGCGUGUGGGGUGUGUGUGUGUUUAAUGCGGGUUGUCCGAGAUCACUUUUAAGGUGUGUUUUGUUUCUCCAGGAGCCGAUCCUGAUUCGGGAAUCUCUCAGCUCGUCUGCGGAAGGCUCAGUUUCCUGCAAGGCUGCGGAUCCCUUUCUGUGCUUGGUUUGGCAAAGCUCCUAGCCCAGUUGAUUGAAAUGCCUGCUCGAUCGGAGCCACUGAAUGGAAAAAUAACUUCUCCGUAAACUUUUCUCCAGCACACACACACCUCCCCCACACCUCCUAUGAGUCCGGAUUGAAUCUCUUGGGGUGAGGAAUCUGGCUUUAAUCUGCCAUCGUUCUGUUUUUAAGUGACUUGGAGAGAAUGCAGGGGGGCAAUGCACUGGCAGUGCCAUGGCUCAUGUUCCUAGCUGUGGCUGGCGCUCUUGGUCAGUAUGACAAGCCUGCUUUCACCCCCAUCUUCACCCGCAGGCCCUUUAUUGUGGCUUGGAAUGCACCAACCCAGGAUUGUGAGCCUCGCUUCAAGGUUCAAUUGGACUUCUCUGUUUUUGAUGUUCAGGCCUCGCCUAAUGAGGGCUUUGUGGACCAGAACCUGACCAUUUUUUAUAGAGAACGCUUGGGCCUUUAUCCCUACUAUGAUGCGAACAAAGUGCCAAUUAAUGGGGGUGUCCCACAAAACAGCAGUUUGGAGAAACAUCUAAUCCGGUUAACGGAGAGCAUUAAAAAAUACAUCCGGUCCGAUUCAAAGGAGGGAUUGGCAGUCAUUGACUGGGAAGAGUGGAGACCCAUCUGGAUCCGAAACUGGCAGCCCAAAGACAUUUACCGGAAUGCCUCUCGUAAGCUCGUGCUGGUUCGGCGUCCUAAAUUGCAAGAAGAUCAGGUGAAGAAGGAGGCCCAGUAUGAAUUUGAAUCGUCGGCUUGUGUUUUUAUGAGGGAGACUCUGCGAUAUGCCAAGAGCUUUCGUCCACGACAACUCUGGGGUUACUACCUCUUCCCAGACUGCUAUAACCAUGACUAUCGCAACAACCAGGAUAGCUACACUGGUCACUGUCCUGAUGUAGAGAAGACACGGAAUGAUCACCUGGCCUGGCUCUGGAAGGAGAGUACUGCUCUUUUUCCUUCCAUUUACUUAGAACGUGAAUUGGCCAAUACCAUGAAUGGCCGCAAGUUUGUGAGGUCUCGAGUAAAAGAAGGCCUUCGUAUUUCUCAACAUCAUGAUAACUAUGCUCUACCUGUCUUUGUCUACACCAGACCCACUUAUAGCAAUCAGCAGGAUCUUUUCUUAAGUGAGACAGAUCUGAUCUCCACCAUAGGUGAGAGUGCUGCUUUGGGGGCAGCUGGUGCUAUCUUCUGGGGAGACGCUGGAAACACUGGAAGUAAAAAAAAUUGCCAGCUGAUUAAAACAUACAUAGAAGAACCCCUUGGCCGUUACAUCAUCAAUGUGACAACCGCAGCGGAGCUCUGUAGCCAGACUCUUUGCAGGGGCCAUGGCCGAUGCCGGCGCCAAGAAAGUGAGGCCAGCAUCUUUCUGCAUCUCAAUCCAAACAGCUUCCAGAUCUACCGGAAUGAAUCCAAGCAUCCAAAGCCACUCAUGGGAGCCAAAGGGAAGCUUUCUCAGGCAGACAUUUCCUUCCUACAAACCAACUUCCAAUGCCAUUGUUACCAGGGGUGGCAUGGGAAAGGGUGCGAGAAGCAGCUGAAUCCACCCGGAGGUGGCCCCUCUAUUUCUUACGCACUUGGACUCCAGUUGCUGAUGACUGUCUUCCUUCUGGUCUGUUCGCACUAGGCCACCUCUCCAGUGGAAUCUGUGGGGUGCAAGGGAAUCCAUGGUGCUUGGAACAAUAGGAGAGGCAGUGCAAUAGGCAAGGAAGGUAGGCGGCCAAGGAGAAGUAGGGGCAGAGCCCUUAUACCUUUAUUUAGCAGUAAAGUAGCAGACCUCUUAAAGAGACGGCUCUACCUCUCCCCUCAGCACUCCCAGCCCUUCAUGAGGCAAAAGAGAAAGGAUCCUUCUAACCACUGAGAUUGCCUCUUCAGAGAGCUGGACGAGUGGAAGAAAGGGUGCUUUAGAGAUUGGCGAAGGAAGGAUGCUUCAUGGGGCAUGACCUCCUCUGUGGCCUUUGCCUUGGCUUCUCUGGUAGCUUCUUUAUCCUGGGAACCCGUAACAAUGCUGUAUGUCAGCUACACAAAAAAGAGGUCCACACAAGGGGCCUGGGGCCAGAGUCCAGGGUCUCAAUGCCUACAUCCAGUCUUUCAUCUUUGCUUUGGAUAAGGACUAGGAAGGGGCUGCUUGGCUCUUCUGUUUUAGGGAAGGGUGCCACAAGCAACGGGGGCCCUUGAAGCACAGGUGUGGAGGUUUCAUGGAGCUGCUGUAAUGAAGAAAAUUGCUGCUGUUCCCCAUCUCUUUAGAUAGGUGGUAAAGAAAGAGGUGAGUCCCAGGGGGAUUACCUUGGAGAGUAACUUGGAGAUCACUCUGCUGACUGUGGAGUGGGCAGCACAGUUUUUAAUGGCCCAGAUAAGGCCAAUGACAGGGAAAAACAUGCCUAGUUUGUCUGUGGCCACUGUCAACUUGGAAGCCUGCACCUCUUACAGGAAAACCAAAAAGUUUUACCUCAGAAUUAAAGAGACGCAGAGAAAA